UCUCUCUGCAGUGGGAGGUCACUUCAUUUCAGACUGGCUCUCAGUCAGCGCGUGGUGGCUGAAAACAACAGCGGGAAUCUCCUGCAUGCAAGCUUGUUUUUUUUGUUUGUUUGUUUGUUUGUUUGUUUUUCUCCUGAUGCCCGCAGUGAUGCCAGAGCUGCCGCGCAGAUCGCAUUGUGUAUUGUGUUCGAGCGGAAUAAAGCCACAAUAAUAACUCUUCAACCACAGAGCAGCGUCGUGAGAGGCAGGGACCGAGCGUUGAGGCGUUGAAUGGGUCUGGACGUGUGCGCCCUGGCUUUGCUCGGAUGGGAUGCACGGUGAGCUUCAUCUGCUGUGAAGAGGACUUUCUGCAAAUGCCAGUUCACCAACAUGAAGAGGAGAAGAAGAAAGAGACUCUGAGGAAGCCAGAGGAAUUGGAGGCUCUUCACUCCCAUACGUUCCGGGUGAAGACUUUCAAGAAGGCCAAGCACUGCAGCGUUUGUAAACAGACCAUCAUCCAGGACGGACUCGUCUGCCGAGUGUGCCGAAUAGCUUGCCACAAGAAAUGUGAAGUCAAGGUGUCUUCGUCUUGUGUCCCAGCAACAAACUAUGAGCUGGCGCCGAGCAGUGACCUCCCUCUCAAACAUGUAGACACCAUGGGCUCAACAAAAUCCUCAAAGAGCAUGGACUCACGACGCAGACCAUCGAGGAGUGCGAGUCUGCUGCAGGCCCUGGACGAGAGCUACGAGCUGGACCUGAUCUACAUCACAGAGAGGAUCAUCUCCGUCUCCUUCCCCAGCAGCGUGGACGAGCAGAGCUACGCCGCCAACCUGCGGGAGGUCGCCUCCAUGCUGCGCUCCAAACACGGUCACAACUACCUGCUCUUCAAUCUCAGCGAGAAGCGUUAUGACAUCAGCCAACUUAACCCGAAGGUGUUGGACUUUGGCUGGCCUGACCACCAUGCUCCCGCCCUGGACAAAAUCUGCAGCAUCUGCAAGGCCAUGGACACUUGGCUGAGUGCGGACAGCCACAACGUGGUGGUCAUACACAACAAGGGCAACCGGGGCAGAACUGGAGUGGUGGUGGCAGCCUACAUGCAUUACAGCAACAUAUCUGCUAGUGCAGACCAGGCUCUGGACAGGUUUGCCAUGAAGCGCUUCUAUGAAGACAAAGUGCUUCCUGUGGGCCAGCCAUCACAGAAAAGGUAUGUGGAGUACUUCAGCGGCUUGCUCUCCGGACACAUCAAGAUCAACAACAAACCCUUGUUCCUCCAUCACGUCAUCAUGCAUGGCAUCCCCAACUUCGAGUCUAAAGGAGGUUGUCGUCCCUUUCUUAAAAUCUACCAGGCCAUGCAGCCCGUCUACACAUCUGGGAUCUAUAAUGUUCAGGGCGACAGUCAGACGAGCAUCUGCAUCACCAUCGAGCCUGGUCUUCUCCUGAAAGGGGACAUCCUGCUCAAGUGCUACCACAAGCGUUACCGCAGCCCGUGCCGAGACGUGAUCUUCAGGGUGCAGUUUCACACCUGUGCAGUUCACGACCUGGGGAUCGUCUUUGGGAAAGAUGAGCUCGAUGAGACGUUCAAAGACGACAGGUUUCCCGAAUAUGGAAAAGUGGAGUUUAUUUUCUCCUUCGGGCCAGAGAAAAUCCAUGGUCAAGGUAUGGAUCUCCUAGAAAACGGGCCGAGCGUCUCGGUUGACUACAACACACAGGAUCCCCUGAUCCGCUGGGACUCCUACGAAAACUUCAAUCAGAACUGUGAGGACACCACAGACGAAGUCAUCCAUACCCAAGGACCCCUGGACGGCAGCCUCUACGCCAAAGUUCGCAAAAAGGAAUCCAUUGAAGGAACAGUCACAGCGAAUGGCCUUCCGCCCACUGCUGUUGAACACGCCCUACCUGCGGUUGACCAUGCCUUAUCAGUGAGCAGCGACUCAGGAAAUUCUACCGCCUCCAUCAAAACCGACCGAACUGAUGAAGCGGCAACAGCCCCUCAGACGUCCACAGUGAGCCAGACACACGUUCCAGUGGUUGAGGAGUCAGCCUCAGUCCAUCACCACGCCCCAGCUGCCCAACAAUCAAUCAGCCCCCAAGAGAAACAGGAGCUGGAGCAGCUGCUGAGCGGCUUGGAGGGGCCCAUGCACCGACAGGGCUACCUGUCCACCCCGCCAUCUACUGUUGGAGGGAUGCUUCACCUGGUGCCUGCCCAGGUCCACGUCAAUGGGCACACUAGCAUUGACCGUGAAACGGACAUUUUAGAUGACGAGCUGCCCACCAGUCAAGAGGGCAACAGUGUGGACAGUCUAGGAACGUUCUCCUCCACCGAUGGAAGGGCUACACCGGCUGAUCUCUACUACCAGUCUGAGCCACUUAUCAAUGGCCAGGACCAUGUGCCGUAUCUGGAGCGCAGCGUCCCAGAAAAGCCUAUGGAAACCGCUCAGCCACAGGUUGGCAGAUCCGACAAACCUGUCACCUUGACCCAAAGCGAUUCAGCCCCGUUAUCGGUUACUUACAUGGCGACCCAGAAUGGCAGUAUGUACCGCUCUCACUCAUUUGGGGCAGAUCCAAAAUCUAUGCCACAAGCUCCCGCCCGCACCACCAGCAGCAGGGAUGCCGUCCAGCGUGGUCUUAACGUUUGGCAGCGGUUCGGUGUACCUGAGGAGCCAGUGACCGAAGGCGUCACUUUUAGUCCUCCUCCUUCUGUAGCAGUGAUCCCCAGCCACCACAGCCUCCCACAGUUCCCUAAUCGCCACAGCGCCUCCCAGCAAGAGAUUGAGCAAUCUAUUGAAACCCUUAAUCUCCUCAUGUUGGACCUGGAACCGGGACGCUCGCAGGUGCCAAAGUCCCAAAGUGCUCCCCUGCGAGAAAACAGUGUUGUAGUGACCACCCAGCCAUCCUUUUCCCAGAGCCAAACCAGGCCCUCCUAUCAGGGCGAUGCCGCCAUUCAUACCCACUUUUCAGGUCCCAAGUCCACCCUGGCCAGCCACUCGUCACCAGCUCAGCUAUCACCUGGGAAGCUCAGUACACCAGAGCUUGCACCUGUCCAGGGAUCUCUGGGUUACACCUCUGAAACCACUGGAACUAGUCCUCCCGCACAAGCCUCCCCUACUGUAGCUGGCCACGCCCAGCUGAAGCCCAUCAACACCUACCCACCAAGCACGCUGUCCCAUUCUGCAGAGGUUUCUGAGCCCCAGAGAAGUCCGAGUGCUGCGUCAGCAUCACCCCAGCCAAGAGUCAGCGAGCCUGAUGAAGUCUUCAACGUUGAAGGUCUGGUGGCUCAAAGAGUGGCUGAAUACUCGGCUCGUGCCAAAAGUGUCAUCCCCAGCAUGACUUCCUCUCAGUCUGAGCACCGCCGUUCUCACUCCCUCUCGGGUGUCCAGGCCCGAGCAGCGUCCUCAGACGAGCCUGCGACUCUGCCUCGUCAUCGCAUCACCAGCGACGGCCACUAUCCAAACGGCCCCGACGACGGCCCUUCUCCUGAUAUCCCACUUCGUUCCCCCGUUCGAUGUGUUUCUCCGGAGUUUGUUAAUGCCAUAGCGCUGAACCCCGGAGGGCGGCCUAAGGAGAGACAUAUGCACAGCUACCGGGAGGCCUUUGAGGAACUGGAAGGAGGCCCCAUUAGUCCUACACCCACAGUUGGUGGUGAGGUGUUUCCCCAAACCCCUGCCUUCCCCAUCUCGCCGCAAACCCCUUACUUCAACCUGUGUCGGUCCCCUCCUGGUCUUGCCAAGACUCCACUGUCGGCCCUGGGGUUGAAGCCCCACAACCCGGCAGAAAUCCUCCUGAAUCAAACAGGCUCAGCACCAAGAAGCUACGUAGAGUCUGUGGCGAGGUCGGCAGCGGCAGGUGGAGAGCCGUCCACGUCACCGCAGAGCCUCAGCCCGCUGGGAGAGGCGACCAGCCAGCAGAGGAGUCCAAGUCCCUCCGCCCACACACUGAACCCACCUUUGUCCAGCAGCAGUCCCAUCCAGACCUCACAGGGUGACCGGCCCUUAACAGAGAGCAGUGUUAGCACUCCGUCCCAACCCACUACUGAUUCAGGCUUCCGCUCCCAGGCUACAGGGAGUGCCUACCCCACUCCCACCCCCUCAUAUCAAGCCGUGAAUACUCCCACCUCCUCCUACCUGGAUUCCAGCUCUCCAGCCUCUUCCUACCUUGGCACUACUACCCCUACAUUGUCCUACCUUGGUCCCAACACCAUCCAGGGGAGCUAUGUGGCCACAGAUCCAAGCCCGCCCACCUCAGAACCCUCCCAGAUCACGCUCAGCCAUGGAAGUCCCCGUGCACAGCACCGGACCAACAUCCUCGGCUCCGCUCACAGUCCUGUCCUCCAGCAGCGCUCAAACGCGAAUCAGGAUGUUUUCAUAAUGGGUCAACAUACAUCACCAGCCAAUGGCUUUGAUGUAGGCAUGCCAGGUCUCAUGUCAGGUGGCAGUCCCGUCCUCGGCCGUCGUCUGUCUCAGGGAGCUCAGAAUAGCCCAGUCCUCAGCAGACAGGCUUCUUUGGGACAGGGGUCUCAGCGGAGUCCGGUCCUCAGCAGGCAGCCGUCCUUGGGCCAACCCCUGCAGAGCAGCCCCGUGCUCAGCCGACAGCCGUCCGUCACACACCCCCAAGGAAGUCCGGUUUUGGGCCGUCACCCGUCUGUGUCACAGGUGUCCCAGAGGAGCCCCAGUCUGGACCGUCACCCUAUGCACAGCGGUUACACCACCCCAGACGAGAGACAUGGGAACCUGUCAAGACAGAGCAGCUCCUCAGGCUACCAGGGACCACCCACUCCCUCCUUCCCCAUCGCGCCUGCAGGCUACCAGGAUGGGGGGAUGAUGGGGAUGGGUGUAGGGUUCAGGCAGGGUAGCCCAGCCCCCGGUUUCCAGCCCCAGCUUCCGGAGAAGAGGCGCAUGUCGAGCGGCGACAGGCCAAACGGAGCCGUGUCCUAUGGCACGCUGAACGGGAAGAUGGUGUCCCCAAUGAGCGGAGGAGGCAAUCAAGGCUACUUCCACACCCUCUCUGACUUCUCCAGGUUCAAUAUGUCUGAUGGAAGUCCUGAGAGCAGGCUGAAUGUCAAGUUUGUCCAAGACACGUCCAAGUUCUGGUACAAGCCAGACAUUUCCAGGGAGCAAGCUAUUGGCCUGCUGAGAGAGAGGGAGCCUGGAGCCUUUGUUAUUCGGGACAGUCACUCGUUCAGAGGGGCCUACGGUUUGGCCAUGAAGGUGGCGUGUCCCCCGCCCUCCGUGCAUCAGAGCAAGAAAGGUGACAUCACCAACGAGCUGGUGAGGCACUUCCUGAUCGAGAGCAGCCCGAAAGGAGUGAAGCUGAAGGGUUGUCCCAAUGAGCCUUACUUUGGCUGUCUGUCUGCCUUGGUCUACCAACAUGCCAUCACACCACUGGCCCUGCCCUGCAAGCUCCUCAUCCCUACCACAGAUCUCACUGAGGAAGCACCAGAGGUCGCAACGACAAAUCCACUGACUGAGCGGCUGAAACAAGGAGCAGCAUGCAAUGUUCUCUACAUCAACUCAGUGGAGAUGGAGUCGCUGACAGGCCCUCAGGCUGUUGCCAAGGCCAUAUCUGAGACACUGGCUGCCACUUCUCCACCUACUGCCACCAUUGUGCACUUCAAGGUGUCUUCACAAGGCAUCACGCUGACAGACAACCAGAGGAAGAUUUUCUUCCGACGCCACUACCCUACCAACACUGUCACGUUCUGCGAUACUGACCCUCAGGACAGAAAGUGGAACAAGCCUGAGGGAGGCACAGCCAAGCUGUUUGGGUUUGUGGCACGUAAGCAGGGAAGCACAACCGACAACGUCAGCCACCUCUUCGCUGAGAUGGACCCUGACCAGCCUGCCAGCGCCAUCGUCAACUUCGUCUCGAAGAUGAUCGCCUCGCAGAAACAAUGAGAGCUGUCUGCAAACCCUGGCGCUUUAUUUUUUUAAAUGCCUUUGGUUAUUUUCUUUCCUUUUAACCACAGACACUUUCUGUUUUGGACAAUUAAGCAUUUGUUUUGAUGCGCCACCUUAUUUUUCCUGCUCUUUUACAUUUAGGCAAAUCUGUGUGUGUGUGCGUGUGUGUGUGUGUGUGUGUGUGUGUGUGUUUGUGUGUGUGUAAGCGAAUGAAAAAAGAACAAGACAGAGAGUGUGUGUGAUGUGUUUGUGUGUAUGCGGCUUGCAUGCAUGUGCUUUUCUUCUUGGACGGACUCCAGAAUGGACCAGAGGAAGUGCAGGAUGGGGAGUGGCUGUGUGUGACGGUGGGACGGGAGGUGAUGUUAAUCUCCCUGGCAGGGUAACUCAUGAACAGGACGAGAGAAUGACAUUGUGUGUGCAAAUGUUAUUUUUUUAGCAAUUGUUUCAUUUUUUAUUUUUUUAAAGAAGAAGUCAAGUUGUGUGAUGUAAAGGUGGAUUGUAUAUCUAUCAGGCUUUUGACUGGUCAACCAAAGAUUUUAAAAAAGUAGUCAGGGCGUGUAUAGUGUGCCAUUGUCAGAGGGUCGGAAGUAUUCUUUUGUAAAACAAAUAUGGCUGCUUAAUCAAAAAAAAAAAAAAUACUGAACUGUUUCUUUCUGUAUGUACUGAUACUGUAGGUCAAUUCAGCACCGUCGCCGUCUUGCAAACUGCGUUCUCGGACAUUUUUGCAGCCGGUGGAGGUCUGUGUAAAUAUUCUAGAUUUAUGCUUUAUGAGUAGGACUGUUCUAGAUGACAAUUGGUGCCUGACUUUUUUUGUAAUGCAGAGCUUUUUAAGAAAAAGAAGAACAUAAAACUCAUACAGGCCGUCUUAAAUAUGCAAAUAGCCAAACUCUGAAAUAAGGUUGUUCUCCAAAAUUCCACAGGUCCUUCCCUGUUUGAUGUAGUAGUGUAGCUGAAGAUGCAACUGAUGUUAUUCCUCUGACGUGCAGCUAGAGUCUGACAAAAUCGGCUGAACCUAUUACUGUAUCCACGUGAGCAUCUGUAAGAACGCUAUUGGAUCAUCAACAGUCAAGUCUCUUGAUUGUUUUGGUCAGACGAGCUUCCUGUCUACCGCCAUCCUCUGUUCAGUCUGCGCAGCACGUAGCCACGCUAUUUCGCUCAUGACUGAAGGGCCCAGAGUUGUUUUGGGAGGACGACCUUUAGAGAAAAGUGUCGUCCUGCUACACCGCUCUUCAGUUUUUCUGCGUUGAAAGUUUUCCGUCAGCCGGCCAAAACUGUUAACUCUCACACCCUACCCAAAAGUAAGCUAUACAUAUAAAUAUACAUAUAUAGAUAUAUAUGAAAAAAACUUCCAAACAGUGACUUAAGAUAUUUAUUUUUUUGCUUUGUUGCUCUAUGUUAUCUUGUAUACAUGUAUUAUAAGGUAUACAUCAAGAUUACUGAAAACGAGAAGAAAAAAUUGCUUUUUAUUUUGGCUAAAGUCAAGAGCAUUGACAUAUAUAAGGUGUAAAGUGUGUGCAUUUAAAAGUGUAUCACUGUUGUUUUUGAAUGUUUUUUUUCACAGCAUUACUUCUUUUUGUUAACAUUCUUGUUUUCUUGGGGAGGCUUUUUGUUGUUGUUUUGUUGUUGUUGUUUUUGUUUUUUUUUCUGUUUCCUUUUUUUAUUUUGUAUGAAAGAUUGUUGUUACUGAAGUCCAAAUUGGAGUUAUCCUAAAGUGAUGCCAACAAAAUUGUUUUAUUAACUUAAACCUGCCUAGAAAAUACAUUGCCCAAGUUUAGCACUUAAAUGUUUUAAGUAUUAUCAGUGUGUUUCUGCAAAAAGACAAGAUAUGGACAUUGACAGACCCAUUUUAUGUCAUCAUUGCAUGUGUGGAGGGAGACUUGCUGGUUCCUCAAUCUCUACAGCAUGGGACUGAUCCUUGUACAUGGAGAAUGAUAAAGUUCAGUCAGCAGCUGCUGCCCUCAUGUGGUGGAGAACUAUCAUUACAACAGAACCACUUUUAUUCUAAUACAGUGUUUUAGCUGUGAUUACGGCAGGUCAAAGGGUAAAUGUUUGAGUUAAAUUCGAUCACUGAGAAAAUGAACUAAAAUAUUAAUUUUUCAAUAAUUUUAAUCCUGAUUCCUGUGCUGAUUUUCUUAGCAAAUUAGUUUUUACUUUAUUUUAAAGUCCCAUUCAAUCUCCUUUCUUUAUGCCCGACACACAAGGAUCAGUUGGCAGCAUGAUGUAAAAUACUUAGAUAAGGGUUAGUUUGGGGGCAUACAUUAACUCAAAUGUGCUUCUUCAAAAAAAAAAAAAAAA